CAUAGUUCAAGGCCUGUCGACAACAUUUAGCACAUCAAGAUAGACUUGUUGAUGGUGUUGAUGGAGAUUGAGGAAGCCUGAGAUACGUCAUCAUGGCAUAACACUGCUCCGUAGUUUGUCCGGUCGAGCAUUGAGGGAGUGGAAGGCAAAUCGCAGCCUACUCGGUACAUCGACUUGGGGGCACAACUCACUCACCACCACAUCAUACAGUACCAGUACUCGCUAAGAACACGCAGAAUCUGCGAUCAAUAUAUUGUCUGGCCGUCCAAUUUACACAAUACCCAUCAGAUCACCUCGAUUCGAACGAGAGAUCAGUACAAAUACCACCUUCGACAGUGGACGACCAAUCAUUGCCUCCACCACCAGGUACAUUGUCCAAGCUACGCCUCGAAGUAGCUGUGGUGACGAGCUAAGGCCACCUCGGGCCUCGACUUGUUUACCUUUUCCCUCCAGCUCGGACCGUGGAGCUCCUCAAAGGGCACAGCCAGCAGGGCAACGGGGCGAAUCAAGCAUCCCACGAUCAACACCGAACGCCCAUUCCGCGCGAUCCCCCCAGCCACUUGGAUUUCCAUUUCACCAUCCCAGCCUCCCCCUCGUCACGUUUGUUGUUUCUCUCCACAUCCUCCCGCUGCCGCAUUCCACGUAUUCUCUGGUUCAUCAUCAUCUCCUCAUCAACAACAACAAACCACAAACAUCAAUUUUGUCGCGUCGGCGUACCUUGCAUCUUUGCAAUCCAGGCAAUCAUGUCGGCCCUACCUUAUCUGCAGAAACUGCGCAAAAGCGAUCUGACCGAGUUCGCGGAGACGAGCAAAUUGCAAGACUAUGCCAGUCUCAAGAAAGCCGAACUCGAAGUCGCCCUCGAUGAGCAUCUGCGCGCAAACUCGACCACAUACAGCAAGGAGCCGUCGUUGAGCGAGUAUUACAAGCGCCUGGGUAGUUCUUCGCGAUCGCCGGUCAAGAGACUUGCGGAAAAGGUAUCAGACAUGGUCAAGUCUGAUGAAGAGACCAGCGCGCCUCCCAAAAAAUCCAGGCGCAAAACUGUCGCUCCGACCGAGGAUACAACCGACACCGAUUCGCCAGUCAAAGCCCUCGUGAGGCAACCGGCCAAAGAGAUCGCACGUCGUUCUUCCAUCUUAACAGGGCAACUCCCUAUCCCACCAUCCCCAGCUGUGGUCACAGAUGCGAUUGAUCAACAGACGCGUCGUCUUCGCACGUCCAUCUCUCACGCGUAUCAGAAGACACAGAUCCACGAAGCAGCCGACUGGACACGCGACUACCUUUCGUCACCUCUGACUGUGACCGUUCUUGCCAUCUUGCUUGAAGCAUACGGACUUCGCGCCCAGAUUCUUCCCAACAAGUUGUUGACGGAAGUUCCGGCUGUGCCCUAUAUCAAAUCGACAAAGACGCCGAUCAACGUGCCCGAUCUUUUCCAGCUUCUAGACUCCAAAUUCUGGUCACCAUUCACCCUGUGGACUUUGACGUCGUUCAUCCUCCCAGGCUUGAUCUCGUACUUUAUCAAUCUGCCACUCAAGGCCCACCCGAGCCACUCUUACUCGACCCGUCGAGCAGCUCUGCAGCACAAUACGCAGAUGCAAUUUGACCCCUUCAUCUUCAACCUCGCCAAGGGGUUGAUUGCCUACGUGGUUUACGCACAGCAUUUCAACUUGGCUGGUCUGUACCAGCAUUUCACGGUGGCUACAGUUAACGAGAGUAUUCUAGGUGGAUACUGUGCCAUUUUGAUCAGCUCUGGUCUGGGAGCUGCCGUUAGUCUGUAUGAAGCUGUGUUGAAGAAUUAAGUCCUGCAGGUCAGAAGCAGAAAAGAAGGGCAGGUGAGGGUCGUCUCACUGUUUCGCGUAAAUUGGUUUGUGUGUCUCCUCGUAUAUGUACAGCUGCUGGAUGCCUGAAAGUUUUCAGAAGAGAGAGAGAAGUUUUCCUUGAUGAGUUAUGAGUCUCUUGGUAACAUUACCGGCGUUGGAGUGGUGGCAUCGCUGUUGGGAUUUGAUAGGUUGGUUGGAGUGCCUAUAUACCCCCUUUGGCACCUGUUUUGACAAAGGUGUAUGUCUGGUGCAUGCACAUCGUUGGACAAAAUAUGCCCUCGCUCGACUUUUAGAUACAAGUAUAAGUAUUAAGCAUGUUUACACUUUG